AUGGGGCGAUUGUGGCAGCAGAGGGUGUACGAACAACUCAAGCGCGCGAAGCCCGAGACGGCGGCGCCGCGCGCGAAACCGCAGAAGGGCAGCUCGCGGUACCCCGCGGCGGAUGCAAAGCUGCCGGACAACAUUUCUGAGCAGUCUGUGGCGGCGUUGCGGAAGAUGGUGGAACAGAGCGGCAGCGAGGUGGGCCGGGGUUUGGAGCGGGGGGAGUUGGUGCAGCUGGCGGAGCAGCGGCGGAGGGCGUGGGAGGCGGUGCGGGUGCUGAUGUGCGCGCGGCAGCGGGAGUGGCCGCGCAACCAGCAGCAGCAGGCUGCGCUGCGCGUCGGGCGCAGUGCGUCGCGCCGCGACGUGCAGCUGGCGUACCGGCGCAUGGCGCUGCUGCUGCACACGGACAAGGUCCCGGCGGACUACCCGGCGCGCGACCGGAAGCGGUGCGAGGAGGCGUUCCGGUUCGUGGUGCAGGCGAAGGACGACUUGCUGCGCGUUGCGCGGUGA